AUGCUCAUACAAAAAAUUUCUUUUUUACGUUUCCCCAAAAGAGAAAUCGUCCUUUUUUUGUUAAAGCAUGAGGGAGUUUCGAAUGUAAGCCUUGGCGCAAAGUCGAAAGGUGCACUUCGUUUUUGCACGUUAAGAAGAGUUACCUUCAGUUCGUUAUGCAGCUCGGGAGUGGGCAAGUGCCCCCCCGGGGACUACACACCAACCCAUUGUGGCGAGAGCAACGCGCGUAGUGACCACCAUGACCUCAACGACGGCGUGCACGAAAAGGACGGUGUGAAAGAAAAGGACGGCGUGCAGGAAACAGACGAUGUGUACGAAAACAACGAGUGUGUUUACAUUAAGGGAGAAAGCAAAGUCGUUGUGCGCAGGCGAAAGGGGGGGACGUCCAUAGGAAGCUCCUCCAACAGUGAUGCGGCGGGGGUGACUCUCUCCGAGAGUGUCCAACCCGGGGGAGAUCAAAGUCAGGAGGGCUUCACAACGGGAGACCCUGUGAUAAGCCCUCAAUUGAGCAGCCUGCGCGGAACUGAAGACGCCAAUUUAUGUUAUGCGGAAGGGGGUAGACAUUGGGGUUCCCCGUCAACGAAGGGAUCAAAAUCCAUCGCCAAUGUGGACAGUGAAGCCCCUGGCACACAUUGCGCACUGGAAAGUGAUAACGGAAUUCCCUGGGACGCCCCGAAGAACGAGGCGCUGAUGAAAAUCCUCACCGAACCAACUGAUCACCUGAUGAUAAGAAAUGAAAGGCGCUUCUGCGACUUCCUGUGGGUAGUAGCCAAGUCAGGAAAAGGGGGAGAGCCAAACUACAAAAGACGAAGAAGUAAAAAGUUAAAGGGUGAAGGAUAUGGAGGACACGGAGGAAAUGUCAUUCUGAAAAGUAAAAGAAGCAUUUAUGAUUUAAUCAAAAUCGAACAAAAGGUUAAAGCAGAUGAGGGAGAAAAUUUUAAAGAAAACAGCCGAGGAAAAGAUGGUAGUGAUAAAGUGGUAUUCGUCCCCGUAGGAACAAUUGUGAGGAAGAGAAUUUAUUGUAAAAAAAAAAAUGAAAAUAAUAGGAAGAUAUAUAAGAGUAUUUUUUGGCAUCAGUUUUUAAAAGACAAUGAAGAACUGUUGGUAGCUCGAGGAGGAAAAGGAGGCAUAUCAUAUUCGUUUUUUAAAAAACAUGAUUAUAGAUUGCCUGAGAAGGGGGAGAAAAUGCUCCUCGAAUUGGAGCUCCGACUACUUAACGAUGUAGCCUUCAUUGGUAUUGAAAACAGUGGGAAAACAUCCCUCUGUAGUAGCCUCAGUAGAUACUAUGGCAAUAUUAGUAGCCAUAUGUUUAGCACCACCAUACCACAUGUUUCAAAUAUUAAUUACAUCGACGGGGUUGAAAUAACCCUGCUCGAUACACCCUUCUUAUUUCAUAAUGCACACAAGGAUUGCAGCCGGGGAAAAAGAAUCCUCAGACAUUUAUACAGAAGCAAGCUUAUCGUUUACGUCAUCGACGUUGCAAGUGAUAAACUUGAAAAUGUAGACGACACACAGGUGGAAGACUACUACACGGAGAGUCUAAAGGGGGAGAAUGGCAAGAUGGGGGAUGCCAUGGACCCCAUGUACGCAGCAGAUGCGAUGUGCGCUGGGGAUGCCAUGUGCGCAGGGCAGGAUGAAAAAUUAAAGACACACAGGGACAACUCCAGUGAACAGAAAAGUAACCAUAUGUACACAUCAAACGAAGCCCGUGCCAACCUAAAGGACUACCAUAACGAUACAAUAAAGCAAAUAAAAAUGCUACGAAAUGAACUCUUCCUUUUCAACCCAGACUACUUAAAAAAAAAAGAACUUGUCGUUGCCACCAAGUGUGACAUGCUACACAAAAACGCCCUAGUCAAUCUAGACUCUCUUUAUUUCCGUCUGCAAAAUUUGUUCCCCCAUAUAGAAGUUAUUGGGACCUCUGCCAAGUUUGGCCUAGGCAUAAAACUCCUGAGCAGGAAGAUACGAGAGCUUAUCUACCCUCAGAGCGUCCUAAUGAGUCACAAACUGUACGCCAACAAUAUUGAGGACUAUGUCAUUCCUACACACAGCCACGUGAAGGAGGGACAACGGCGCUUGCAGAAUUAUGAACUACCAGAAAAUGUGAAACACAUUUAUGACCACAACUAUAUGGAAAACUUCGAUUACUUUUUGAAGAAGCCUCGACGCAAGGGGCAUGAUGUGGGUGUUAGCCACUCUGGAGAUGGUAAAAAUUUGUUAACAGGGGGUGGUGCAUGA